AUGCGGUGUACUUUUGAGUUAGGUGUUCAAAGACGAAAUGUUAUGGCCAAAGCAACAAAAGCAAACACAAAAAACAGAAUCGAAUUGUGUACGAAGAUGUUAAAUGCAAGCAAAGAUUCUGUUCCUGUGAAAGAAAUUGUAAAUGAAGUGUUCAAAGACGAAAUGUUAUGGUCAAAGCCAUUAAAACAAAGCAACCGGUAUUCUUACGGCAAUGAAAAAGCACGACCACUUGCCACCAGAAAGCAAAAAACAGAAUCGAAUUGUGUGCGAAGAGGU